AUGGCAUUUCGGGAUGAUGAUGAUUUAGAUUAUGGCGAUUUUGUCUGCUCAAGGGACGAGGAUGAGAUUGAGUCGGAAGCCGAACCCCGCGAUCGCUACAGCAAAAACUUGUACUAUCCCAUCCCCAUAGGCGAGGUCCUCGCCGACCGGUAUCGCAUCGAGCACAAGCUCGGCUGGGGCGGCUUCUCUACCGUGUGGUUGGCCCACGAUACCCACGAAAAUAAGCCCGUAGCUCUCAAAAUCAUGGUUCCGGGGAAAAAAGGAGAACGCGAGUACCACAAGCAGAAGGAAAUCAUCCAGAAGGUCCACAGCAUCUCGGGCUUCGUUACCUACCAGAGUUUCUUCUGCCUCGCCGGCCACGGAGGUAAUAAACACAUGGUAUUGGUGUUUCCUGUGCGUGGGCCAAGCCUUCACUACUGCAUGAGAUGGGGGAAAUGGGGUACUGUCGCCCGCCGAGUGCCCGCUGCGAAACAACUGCUCCUCUCUCUGAAAGGUCUUCACGAUGCUGGAAUCAUUCACCGCGACCUGAACCAGGGGGCCGUAUUGUACGACAUGGAUUCUAUCGAAAACAUCACCACAGCCGAAGAGUACAGGCUCUUCGGUCGGCCGCGGAAUAUCGGGAACAACGUCUACCUCUGCGACUUUGGCAUGUGUAUUGACACCGGCACGCAGGUGGCAGAUAAGAUUCAGGGCCCAGGGAUGUACUGCGCCCCGGAGCGGUUCCACGACGUAAACCCGAGCUUGGCGAGCGAUAUGUGGAGCUACAUGUGCAUCUGA